AUGAAAACCAGAACACAGUCAACAUCGACAGAGAAGCUUGUUGUCUCCAAAGCAAUAGACAUGUACGGUUCCUCUGACGAGGCUUCUGUAACAAGGUAUAUCACAGCAAUGUAUGGAUACAUUCACCCAAACAGAUGGAAGGAGAUCUACCAGGAGGUGCUUGAAACAUACAAAGAGUGUGGAUAUUCAUCUCCUGUUGAUUUCUGUGAGGAUCUGAGGUUUGGCGUUGCAAGAAAGCUUUAUGCGGAAAAGAUGGCGUUGAGGAAUAGGCUUCUGGAGGGAGAGGAUGUGGAGUGUCCAGACCAGCAUGCAGGCCAUAACUGGAACAUUGGGUGCAUUGAGAAGAUAGAUGAGAUUUCCAAGACGACUGAAGACGCUCUAGAUAACAGGCAGCUGUAUCCCUCUGCUGACUCACGAAUCAUAAGGCAGCACAUAGAGGCCAUGAGCAAAUGGCAAAAUCGAGCUCGGGAAAGCCAGAAUGGUGCCAGCAGGAUGAUGGAGUCCAAGAAGAGGUAUCACAUUGCAGUGGAUAAGGAAAAAAGAAGGUUUUACAGCAGAAUGACGGACGAGGAAAAGGAGCUCGACGACUUCCUAGACAAAGUAGAGGAAGAGCAUUACAACACAGGACAGAGCGGGAUCGGUCCAAACAGGCUGAGGGGAAAGUAUCCUGCUCUGAAGGCCUCCUUGGCGGACAAUGCUUUCACAGGAUGUAGAGACGCAGGCAGGAUAGGCACACCCCUGGAAAGCCAAUACGGAGCAACAGUUAGCAGAAUUGCAGGAAACAUGAUGCAUGAGGGCAAUGGAGAGACAUGGAGGAGAGACCUCAGGAUCAUCGUCCAAUACCACAUGAAAAGAACAGGAAUGAUCAAUGAGCUAGAAAAGGUAAAUACGCUCAUAGAUAGCAGUAGCAUGACACACAUACUGAUGAACGUCUUGAUGCUCCUCCAGGAAAUGAUUGAUAGGCCAAGGAAUGAGGAGUUGGUGCCAGAGUACAUAUCCUUUAAGAAAGAUCUCCUCAUGUUUGGCAACUACUAUAGAAAAUGA